CAGGAAGAUACACAGACAUCUUCAUACACACGCGUGUGUGGAAUAAUCUCUUCCGUUGUGUGCGGUGUGCAUAGCUGCAGUAGUAACAGCGUUGCAUAUCGCUUUGAGGGCGCCGAGGUUUGCAGCUUGUUGAAGCGCGGUAUCAUGGCGACUGCAGCUUACGCCGUGGUGUUAGCCCUCACCGCAACGCGGACCGCCUUGGUGCUCGAUGCGGUGUGCUUCAGGUCUUCUCCGGUGGCUCGGAUUGCCAGGGCCGUAACUGCCAGAGGCUUGUCCCAGGUAUUGGCGUCCACCUCACCACGACAGCGCCCGCCUAGCGCCGGCGGCUCCAGAGUCCGAGCGCUCCACAAGAGACUUUUGGCCAUGCACUUCAUCGCCAUCGCGAACAUGAGUGCCGGAUGCGCCAAGUACAUGCCAGACGUGUCGGAGCUUUCGUGCCUGGCCACUCGGCGGGCCAUGGUUGCUACAAUUCUACUCUAUGAUGCAAGCCUGGUGCUGUUUCUCGUUGGGAAGACAAGUGUCACAAAUGGCAACCGUGCCCUCGCCAUAUGGGAAGCAUGCAUCACGUGGUGGUCGCGCUUCUACGGAUGGGUAGUGCUAACGACGGGUGCAUUGUUUUUGGCAGCCCAAGCUUCGAGCGUGCCGAGCCUAGAGGGGACUUUCUGCUUGACUCUAGAUCUAAAAGAGGACGAAGACGUAACGUUUUCGGACACGCUUGGAUUCGUGAUAAACAAUGGGAUACUUAUUAUCCAGUUCGCGCUACUGCUGGCGAUGUUCGUGAAGCCGCUGAUGAUCCCCCAAGGUCAUACCCAGUCAGGCGGGGCGGUGUACCGUCGGUUGGUGAUGCGAAACGUGGCAUGUACGAUCGCCAUCACCUUCACCUACGCCGUCACAACCGUAAUUGUGGUAUUGGGCUUUCUCACCACUGCUCCCGGGAGCAUCAAGGCGGCUCAACUCGCCGACCUUCUGCCAACGGCAAAUAUUUUCGUGACCCUCUGUCUGACUGAGAUAUCCUUGCCUCUUGGAUUCUCCAGCUGCGUGAAGGCCAUCAAGGCCGAGACAAGCUCGGUGGUGGACAGUGAGAUACACCAGACGGUGAAGGGAGAUCAACCCAUGCCGAUGGCCCAGUCAGGGGACAGUGGUACGGGGCUUGGCAGCGGCGAGCCACAGGAAGCAGGCGAGUCUACCGAUUAUGCCAUCGAGAUACCGUGAUGGGAAAGCCCGAUCGUAAAUGAAGAUGUAGCGCAACGGCCCAGUCAAUGGAGAGGGACAUAGUAGCUCAUACCGGAGAAGCGAGGACCCCAUCGCGGGCCUGGAGAUUGUGCCGAUGCUUAUAGUGACCAUCGGGUGUGCAGGUUGGAGUGCAGAGGUUGUUUGCGAGGGCUUUCCGAAAUGAGCGCUGCCGCGAGCCGCCGGUGCUGGCACCUGGGACGGUGAGCACAUAUCCGCUUCCUAGACCAUGGAUAUUUGGAGCGCACUAUAAAAGUUUGGUGAUUGCCUCUUGCGCGCAGAGGGGAGGCUUCCUGGACGAUUCCCUCUCGCGUGCUUUGAUGCUUGGCUUUGAACUUGGACUUGACCCGUGGGGGUUGUUGCCCGCGCGGUUCGGAAAUAUAGUUUAUAUAAUUUGUAGUAUCUGCUGGUACUUGUAGACUAUGUGUAGUGGGGUUCUCUGGGCGAUUCCCUCUCGCGUCCCUUGAUGUUGGGCUCAAACCGAUAAAGGGUGUUGUGCGUGUGAUGCUGGACGUUGGGUAAUGUAAUACUUCGAAGUAUGUACAUUAUCUGUUGGUGCUUGUAUAUACAGUAGAGGUCCCUGCUUAGUGCCGGUUGAAUAGUGACGGUUGCCGUUUUAGUGCCGGUGUUUUCGGCUCGC